GCACAAGCAAUUCAAGGAGAAUGCACUGCACAAGUAACAGCUCAAGCUCUUGCACAAGCAUCAGAACAGCAACUGACUACUCAACGGCAAUCUCAGCAACAAACAACAGUUACAGUUGCUGGUGCUACCAAUAUCAUACCUCCUCAUCAAGCUCAAGCAGUUAUUGCUAGUCUAGCACAAGCUCAGCAAUUACAACAAGUUCAGUUAAGCAAAGCUAAUUUACCACAAGGAGCUGUGACAUCAGUUUCGCUUGCAAAAUCUCUUACUAGUGGAAUAAUGGUAAAUGCGUCUCCUGGUUCUGCUCCUGCUAGCACUUUUGCUACAAUUAGUAAAGCUUUGGGUCAAGCAGGUGUUACAUCAAUAUCAUCUCAAGCUGGGGCUGCUCAGAAUGCAGCAAUUGCAGCUGCUCUUACUAAUGCCAAUUUGAGAAAUCAACGUGCCACCGUGACUGCAGUUGGUACUACUACUUCAAUGACUGUUCAGGAGAUGGUUGCAGCUGCUGCUGGUCAAGUACGUGGCUUGACAACUACAGCUGGUAGUACGUCCACUGCCCCUGCAGUAGUUUCUGUAGCUGGAUUAACUGCAGUACAACUAGCUGCCUCUCAAAGAAUAGCCGGAUCUCUCUCUGCUGCUACAACUGUGGCAUCUUCUGCAGUAAAUCCCCUGAAUACUCAAGUUACUACUCAGAGAAAUAUCAACCAAUUGACGCAAAUGCAAGCUAUUAGGCAAACAGCUUUAAUACGGCAAAGAGAACAGCAAAAUUUAAAGCAGCAGCAGCAUUUGAAAAGAUUGCAAACGGUUCAGCAACAGCAAGCUUCGCAGCAGGCUGCAAAAGUUGCCGUUGGUGCUGGAGGUACUUUAACUGUAACUGCUGCUCAACAAAGAGUUGCACAACAACAGGUUUCUUUGAAACAGUCUGUUGGAAGGCAAAUGACAGAGGCUGAAAUGGCUCAACUAAUGAAGAGACAACAGUUGCAGCAGCAGAAACAAGCACAAUUAACAACUGCUCAGAUACUGGCACAGGCUCAUCUUCAACAAGUUCAACCGCAACAAGUUUCUAUUACCGGUGGUACAGCUACCUUAGUUAAGACUGUUUCUGCUCCUUUGAGUGGAGCUUCUUCAAUGGCUAUUCCUGUAUCAGCUGUCACAAUGGGUGGUGUCAACAUAAAUGUGAGCUUACCCCAGGGCAAAACUGGUGCUGCUCAAACUAAAGGGGCUACUACUAUAACUAAUCAACAACUUCGACAGUUUCAAAUUCAACAGCAACUUUUGACUCAAGCUAGAAAAGGAAGCAAAGUUUCAGCAAAUCUAACUCAGUUGGCUAAGGUACCUAGCAAAAGUACUGGAAUAACUGCAUCAUCACUUUCUGCACCAAUGAAUGCUGUACAAAUUGUUCAACAUAAUGCUCAAGUUGGAACUACUCAGCAAGUAAAAGGAUUGCCUGCUGCAAUGACAGUACAACAGAUACAACAAGCUAUGAAAGCUAUACCACAAAAUCUUCCUGUAGUUGUUACAGCUACUCCUAGUCUUCCAGGGGUACAACAGCAACACACUUCUACUACUCUACGGGGUGAGCCUGGAGUUGCUACAGGUUCUGUAAAAGCUCAAACUACAACAUUACCAUCUACUACUCUAACUACAAGCGGUGUUUUGAAAGGCACACCUGCAGUAGUUGUGGGUCAGCAGCAAACUGCGGCAAUUCUUCAACAAGUUGCAGCAUCAACAUCAGGUCUUACUGCCCAACAAGCUGUCACUCUUGCUGUACGAGCUGCUGCUUCUCAAGCUCAAGGCCAGCAACAAGUUCAGAUUCAGGUUCAACAAUCACCCCAUUCAUCGCUCGUAACACCCCAAUCACAAGUUGUGUCUACCACCAUUCAACCGGGCCAGACAAGAGUGCAACAGCUUUCGCAGAGUGCUUCUACCAUCAACAUUGCUCAGCCUGUUGCUGUUCAGAGUACAGCUCAGGCUUCCAGCAUUCUAUCCUCUGCUGGAACUAUUGUACCACAAAUGUCUGCUGAAUCUACUCAUGUUGUCAUGCACAGUGUGUCUACAUCUAAUUCUGGUACUGCUCUUUCCAUACCAGCUUCACUCGCAACGUCUCAAACAGCGUCAACUACAGCUCAAGUAGUUCAAGCUGCUAUACAAGCAGCAAGGCAACAGCAGCAACAAGCAGCACAGCAGGCUGCGCAGCAACAGAAGGCAUCUCCUUACACAAUGAGGUUGCGAAAUCCUCCAAAAUAAUUUUAUGCAUUUCAAAACAAAUUUUAUGCAUUUCAUGAUAAAAUGAAAUAUUGAGCUUCUUUAUAAAAAUGAACUGUAAAUUCCACAAAUGGAAUUUUUGUUUUGUUAGUUUACACUACUUAUCUUGUUGAAAUUGUAGUUUCAUAUGCUGACACAUUUUGGCAGUUACAAUGACCAUAUUUUACAUUGUGGUUAGUAUUCAUAUUUUUGAAGUUCAUGGAAUAAGUCAUGCAGGCUAUUUAUUUCCCCCAUUUUCUGUUAUAAA